AUGAGUGACGAGGUCGAUAAACACGUCCUGCGAAAGUACGACAUCUUGCAGAAGCUCGGAAAAGGAGCUUACGGGAUUGUGUGGAAAAGCACCGAUCGCCGAACGAACGAAACUGUCGCGCUGAAGAAGAUUUUCGACGCCUUCCAAAAUGCCACCGACGCGCAACGCACCUUCCGAGAAAUCAUGUUUCUCCAGGAGCUCGCAGGCCACGAGAACAUCGUCCGUCUCAAGAACGUCCUCAAAGCGGAUAACGACAAAGACAUCUACCUCGUUUUUGACUACAUGGAGACGGAUUUGCAUGCGGUCAUUCGCGCGGACAUUCUGGAGGAGAUCCACAAGCAGUACAUCGUCUACCAGCUGCUUCGAGCGAUCAAAUACAUGCAUUCCGGAGAGCUCCUUCAUCGCGAUAUGAAACCUUCGAACGUGCUGCUGAACAGCGAGUGCCAAGUCAAGGUCGCCGAUUUUGGGCUCGCGCGGUCCGUCGCACAGAGCGAGGCGAACAACUCUGAGGCCGGGAAUCCCGUGCUGACGGACUACGUCGCCACGCGCUGGUAUCGCGCGCCGGAAAUUCUUCUCGGCAGCACUAGCUACACCAAGGGCGUCGACAUGUGGUCUCUUGGAUGCAUCCUUGGCGAACUCCUCUCUGGCCGACCUAUCUUUCCAGGAACUUCGACGAUGAAUCAACUGGAACGCAUCAUGACGCUCACUGGGCGGCCGAGCGCCGAAGACGUCGACGCCGUGAAGUCUCCCUUCGCCGCCACGAUGAUGGAAAGCUUGCCUCUAGGGAAGGUUAAGAACUUCAAGGAUGCCUUUCCUAACGCGUCUCCGGAGGCGCUGGACCUCCUUAAACAGCUGCUUCAGUUCAACCCCAACAAGCGCAUCAGCGCCGAGAAGGGUUUGGAACACCCGUACGUUCGGCAGUUCCAUAGUCCCGAGGACGAGCCUGUGUGCGGGAAAAUUAUCAAAAUCCCGAUCGACGACAACACAAAAUACUCGGUUGACGAUUACCGGGAGAAGGUUUACUCGGAAGUGAUUAAGAAGAAGCACGAUCAGCGGCGGCAUCGCACGACAGGCUCUUCGGGUCGUCACUCUUCGCACCACGCGUCGGCCGCGCGGACAUCGUCGAGCUCGAGCUCUGCGUCGCAUCCGCGAACGAGUUCGACGGCGCAGCAUCGUAGUUCCCAGAGCAUCCCCGCUGCCUCGCAAGCGUCAACUUCCCCGCGCCACGCCGCUCUCCACUCGCGGAGUACCUCGUCCCAUGCAGCCUCGAGCACAAACCAGGCAGCCGCAGGCCACAGUGCGCAUGCGCCGUCGCAUUAUGCUUCUUCGCACUACCCCGCGCAGAUGCACCGGUCAGGAAGCCUCGCGCGCGAGAGACCGCCCACCUACUCUUCCUCUGGAGUCGCCCACUAUCCCCACUACCCUGCGUCCUCCGCCGUUUCCUCUUCGCACCACGGCGUCUCCUCUUCGCACCACGGCGUCUCCUCUUCGCACCACGGCGUCUCCUCUUCGCACCACGGCGUCUCCUCUUCGCACGGCACCUCGCCGCAUGUGAGCCCCGGCGUUUCGACGGCGACCUCGGGAGGCAGCGCGCAUGCACGCGACAGGUCUGCAGCCAGCGGGACGGGUGUGGGAGUUGCGCAUGCCUCGCAUGCCUACUACGCCUCGCAGUUCUUCGGCUCUCCGAGUUCCACGGUUCAGUCCGCGCAAGUCUCCGCCGACCCUCUCGCGCACGGCCGCGGAGAGAGUUUCCACCAGCCGGCGCGCGCCAAGACGGACACGCAUGCGCACGCCAGCGUCAGCAGAGCGGCCUCUGGAACCCCGCAGGUAAAAAGGCCAAUCAGGCGAGUCGCGCUCCGCCUGGGUCGUGCUCGCGGUAUGAGGCCCCCGCCCGUGUUUUACGAAGGGAGAGACACAGCGAUCCGAAAAAAUUGUGUACACGUUGGCAAACAGUGUCUGCUCGCGCGUGCCUAUUAUAGAGAGAUGUCGGGAACAGCGUCUGUCUCUCUCUACAGGAAGAGAGAUACGGAGAGAGACAGAGAGCGCCUUCGGCUCACGGGUGUGCGGAGAUGUUUUCUUUAUGCGAGCCAGUGA